GCUCAGAGGAUGUAUGUGGUCAUUGCAGAGACGCAGAGCUGGCGGCUGCAUCUGCACAGAUGUGAACAACUGGAUCUUGUUCACACUCGGAGAGAGGAAGGUUCCUGAGUAAGCAGGAGCAGAGAUGCCAGUCUAUGGAAUUCAUCUCCCUUGAAAGGGGUCUUCCUUCCUUUGAGGGGACGGAAGCCCAAGGGCGCACAUGUGGGUAGGCAAGAUGCUACUGGACAAUAUCUGUUGAAGGAUCAUUGUGAGAACUAAAAGGAAAUGAAUUCAUACCAAGCAACUGGGAAGGUGCCUGGUGCAAAGUGGGAAGUCAUCAACCACAAUCACUAAUAAGUAGGGUGAGGUCACACUUCCUUCCAGCCUGACGCAGACAAGGAGCUGAUGGGAGGUCUCUGAGAGCCCCUGCUGCCAACAUGAGCUCAGAAAACUUCGGACACUGCUCAGAUAUUGAGAUCUUUUUUGAGGAGGUCGUUGAAUGUCUCUGGGACAUACUGGGCAGAAAGGAACUGCUCCACCUGCUGAAUGAAUUCCUGGAGAGAAUUAAGACUGAGGCCACUUUGUCCAGGAAAGAUGCCAAGGAACUACACAAAUAUCUGAAGGAAUUGAACAGAGCCUUGGUUGAGGAGGACCAGGAAAGACUCACCAAAGAGCAGCUGGACAGGAGGAGGUUUCUGAUUAAGUUUCCUCGGGUGAAACGGCAGCUGGAGGAGUUCAUAGGCAAGUUCCACGAGCUCGCAGACAAGGUUGACAAGGUGCAUAAGGGAUGUACCAUCUCCAACGUGGUGGCCCACAGCACCGGUGCUGUGUCUAGUAUUCUGACCAUUGUUGGCCUGGCUCUGGCACCCGUGACAGCGGGGGCCAGUGUGGUGCUCUUGGCCACUGGGAUAGGGUUUGGAGCAGCAGCGGCUGUGACCAGUGUGUCCACCACUAUCAUCGAACAUGUGAAGAGGUCAUCAGCAGAAACCGAAGCCAGUCACAUGAUGUCAAGUGUCGUCAAGAAAUGGAAGGUUCUCCUAGAGGUACUCAAGGGCAACCCCCACAUUGUUGACACAAGAGAGAAAGUCACAAAAGCUGUGCAAUGCAUUGAAAUGAACAUCCAUGCCAUGGAGACAGGCAAUGUCAACCCUGAGUCUGCACCCAGUGCAAACAUCUACAUGAGCCCUGCGAGGAUCUCAGUCCCAGCCAUCCAGCACAUAGAGGGGGGUUUCAAAGCCACAGCUUUAACAAUAACCAAAGGAGCCCGGAUUGCGGGCUUGGCCACUGCAGGGGUCUUCCUUCUGGUGGAUGUGGGCUUCCUGGUGAAGGAGUCAAAGCACUUGCACUAUGGUGCCAAGACAGUAGCAGCUGAUAGCCUGAGGCAGCGGGCGUGGGAGUUGGAGAGGAAGUUGGAGGAGCUCACCCAGAUCUAUGAGAAUCUGCAGGAGGACCUGAUUUAGCCAUCCCCAGAGCAGUGCAGGGUCCAGGGACAUGUGAGGGGCUAACAUGCAGAGGUACUUUGUUAGAGGGAAAGAGAGGGAGACCACAUUAAUGAAGCCGGGUGUUAGGAAUUUGGCAUUUCUGUGGUUGAGCACAGCAGUGCAGGGAUGGAUGUAGGUGAUGGAUGAGGAGAGGGAAGGAAGGGGCCUGGAGCCUGGAUUAAGGGAGGAGGGGGCACCAGAGAAUGAGAGGCGGGGAGAAGCGACUUUUUUUUCAUACUAAGAACAUUUUACUUUGUGUUAGAGUAUAGCCGAUUAACAAUGUCGUGAUAGUUUCAGGUGAACUGCAAAGCGACUCAGCCAUACACACACAUGCAUCCAUUUUCCCCCAAACUCCCCUCCCAUCAGAAACCACUUCCUUUGGACUAAAGAUGACCCUGGAGGCAGAAUAAAGGGAGAGUCAGGUGAACUAGCAAUAAAAGGCCCGGUAUACAAACGGGGUGAAAAUGGGAUAAAGUCAGAGAGUUAGGAUUGUUGGGAUCCAGAAGGAAUAGGGGCUCCUCUAUCACCAUCCCCAGGCUGUGAUGUCCCAGCAAGAAGAGUCUUCCCCUGCUGGUGGUCUCUGGACAUCUCCUCCACAUCAACUCACCUGUGGCCCUAGCUGAUGUAUCUUAAUAAGGCAGUGACUUCUUUUGUUUGUUUGUUGUAUUGAAGGAUAAUUGAUUUACAGUAUUCUAUUAAUUUCAGGUAUACAGCAAAGUGAUUCAAUCAUACAGGUAUCUAUGUAUUUAUCUGGGCUUUGCAGGUGGUAAAGAAUGUGUCUGCUAAGCAGGAGACACAGGUUUCAUUCCUGGGUAGGGAAGAUUCCCUGGAGGAGGAAAUGACACCCCACUUCAAUAUUCUUGUCUGGGAAAUCCCAUAGACAGUGGAGCCUGGCCUGCUACAGUCCAUGAGGUUGCAAAGAGUCAGACAUGACAGAACAUCUGAGCAUGUGUAUAUCUAUAUUUUUUUUUUAUUCAUUUCCAUUAUAGCUUAUUAUAGUUCAUUACAAGAUAUUGAAUACUGUUCCUAUGCUAUUACAGUAGGCAAGCCCUUGUUUAUCUGGUGUGUAUCUGUUAAUCCCAUCUCCUAAUUUAUCUGUCCCCCCAAAGCUUUGGUAAAAAUUUCCUUUUUCUGUGUCUAUGAGUCUGUUUCUAUUCAUUUGUUCACUUGUAUUAUUUUCUGGAUUCCACAUAUAAGUUCAUAUCACAUAUUUGUUUUUGUCUGACUUACUUCACUCAGAAUAGUAAUCUCUAGAUCUAUACAUAUUGUUACAGAUAAUAUUAUUUCAUUAUUCUUUAAGGCUGAGUAGUAUUCCAUGGUAUGUCUACAUGUACCACAUUUGCUUUACUCAUUAAUCUGUCAACAGACAUUUAGGUUAAUAUAAUGUCUUGGCCGUUAUGAAUAGUACUGCUGUGAACAUCAGGGUACAUAUAUCUUUUCAAAUUAGAGCUUUAAUUUUUUCUAGAUAUAUGCCCAGAAGCGGGAUUGCUAAAUCAUACGGUAGCUCUAUUUUUAGUUGUUUAAGAAAACUCCAUGUAGUCUUCUAUGGUGGCUGCACCAAUUUACAUUCCCACCAACAGUGGAGGAGGGUUCCCUUUUCUCCACGGCCUCAGAGCAUUGUAGAUAUAGAUGAUGGCCCCUCUGAUGCUGUAGGGGGAUAACUUACUGUAGGGUGACUUACGUUUCUCUAAUGAUUAGUGAUGUUGGGAAUGUUCCAUGUCCCUGUGGCCAUCCGUGUGUCUGCAUGGAGCAUUGUCCGUGUGGAUCCUCAGGCAGUGACUCUGAUGACAAGGAUGAUGCUGACGUUGGUGACAGCACUGGUGACAGCACAGUGGGGGGAACAGGUGACACGUUGCCAGGUGCUCUUGGGUCCAGAGUGACUGAGAGAUCAGGGACGUCUCCAUGAAAGUCCAAGUGUAGAGUAGGAACAGAGGUUGAAUCAAAAGAAAGAAAGAAGAAAGAAGGAUGAAACAAGGAGGCAGAAACAGGCCAAGGAACUUUGCGGUGUGUGAGGAGAUGAAACAGCCUGGGGCCAACAGACACGACUCUCUGACCCUCGCUUUCUUCUCCAGCUGGGGGUGAGGCUGAAUAAGAUAUUUCAGGUUGCUCUGCUUCUCUUCACUUUGUGUUGUCUAGAAUCUGGUUCAGUAAAUAUGAGCUGAUUUA